CUCAUUCAUUAUGUCGCCUCUGCAACUGAUCAUCUCUAUUUUCCUACUUCUCCCACCAUCACCACUCUCCGCAGCUCUACAUGCCAAACCGGGAUGCCUGGACCGGUGCGGAGAUUUACUCAUUCCAUAUCCAUUUGGCGUCGGGCCAAAAUGCAGCCUCAACCCACAUUUUGACAUCAACUGCUAUAAUUCCACUGACCCUCCAAAAGCUUACUUCUCCAUUAUGAAAAAACAAGUGAUUGAAUUCAACCAAACUUACAUUCGGCUCCAAAACCCCUACAUGAUUACAGCUUGCUAUGAUCUGUCAACGGAAGAUCAACAUACUAUGAGUGUGAACUUGUCGGGAACUCCCUAUAUGUUUUCGUCUGACAACGUGCUCACUGCCAUCGGGUGUGAUGAUAUGGUGCUGCAAUCCAACGGAAGUUCCACCCUUGGCGGCUGCUCGGCAUUUUGUUCUGACAAGAGUGAUGCCGGCUUCGGAGAUUGCCUAUAUAAUGGUUGUUGCCAUCAAUCACUCGACGGAGUAAGUUUCUUGGAAGCAAAACUGGUUGACUUGAGCGGAAGGUCACAACGUAAAAAGCUUUUCCAAUGCAGCUAUGCCUUUAUCCAGGAGAGGACAAAGAGGAAUGAAACCGUAUUUUCAUAUCCUUUGUACUAUCUGAAUAACUCAAAAGCAUUGGAAAAUGAUAAUUGGGCAUCUGCAACAAGGCCACCGGUAGUGCGCUUGGACUGGCUCGUUGGGGUUGAGAACUGCAGCCGAGCUAUGAAUUCCAACACUUACGCAUGUGUAGACGAAAAGAGUGUUUGUGUUGAUUAUAGACAUUCCUAUGGGGAUUUUAUAGUUACAGGAUACACAUGUAGCUGCGUGGAAGGGUACGAGGGAAAUCCUUUCUUACCGGGAGGAUGCCAAACAAUAACUUCCUCUUCAAGUUCAAUUGCCAAACCUGGAUGCAUGGAUCAAUGUGGAAAAGUAUCGAUUCCAUUUCCAUUUGGUGUAGGUCCAAAUUGCUACUUGGAGCCAUUUUUUGAUGUUGUUUGCAACACAGACACCAACCCCGCGAAACCCUACCUCCGUCUUUUAAACACUGAAAUUCUUCAGCUGAACUCAUCAAAAGUUCUUGUCAGCCAUAGGAACGUGUCAUCGAAUUGCUACAAUUCGUCCGAGUUAGACUAUCAACUUGAGCGGAGCUUGAAAAUUGACUUAUUGCAAACGCAAUAUAGAUUAUCAGAUGAGAACUGGAUCACCACCAUUGGCUGCAAUGUUAUGCUUAACACGGUUAUUGGACGAGACAAACGAAGUUCUAUACGCAGCAGCUGCGCAGCCAUAUGCUCUGACGGAAAUAUCGAUGAUAAUGGUAGAAUUUCCGUAAGUUGCGAAUAUGGACCAACAUCUUAUGCAGGUGAUGGGUGUUGCAGGGUACCAAUUCCAAGAGGUACAAAUUACCUCGAAUCAAAUAUGACUAAUCUAAGUGAGCCACGGACAAGUGUCAAUAUUUCAUGCAGCUACGCCUUCAUUGCAUACGCUCAAAGAAGGAAUGAAAAUGAUCGUUAUGGUAUACGAUUUUGGAUUGUAAAUAACUCAAACCCGAUGCAAAAUCGUGUUCGGCCGAGCAUGGCAUUGGAUUGGAGGAUUGGAGUGUUGAAUUGCAAAGAAGCACGGCAGGAUCUCGCUAACUUCGUAUGCCGAGAUAAUAGUGAUUGUGUUGAUUUUGAUGCUACGCUUGGAGGGUACCUUUGCAACUGUUCCAAAGGAUACAGAGGCAAUCCUUACCUCAGUCCAGGGUGCCAAGAUAUUGAUGAAUGCGCUGAUGAUUCAACUAAUACAUGCAUCUCAAAUUCAAUUUGCGAAAAUGCUCCGGGGACGUUUCACUGCUUGUGUCCGAAAGGGUAUAUUGGUGAUGGGAAAAGAGAUGGCACAGGUUGCAUCCUGCAGCCGCCAUCCAAAACCAAGAUGAUUAUCUUGACAGGUAUAGGCUCUGGAAUGGGGUUUCUGCUUCUAGUCUCGGUGUUCUUUUGGUUGUAUAAAUUGUUGCGAAAGAGAAAGGAGAAAAUUGUAAAAGAUAAAUUCUUCAAACGAAAUGGUGGCCUUCUCUUGCAACAACAGACCAAUGAAGGUGCGCUUGGAAAAACAAAAGUUUUCCCUGCAAAAGAGUUGGAGGUGGCUACAGAUAACUUUAAUGAGAGUAGAGUUAUUGGGCAAGGAGGCCAAGGCACUGUCUACAAGGGAAUGUUAUAUGAUGGUAAGAUUGUUGCGAUAAAAAAAUCAAAGUUGGUCGAGGUGAAUCAGUUGGAACAGUUUAUAAAUGAAGUGGUGAUACUAUCGCAAAUAAAUCAUAGGAAUGUGGUCAAACUAUUGGGGUGUUGUUUGGAGACUGAGGUUCCUCUGCUUGUUUAUGAAUUCAUGCCAAACGGUACACUUUUUGAUCUAAUUCAUGAUCCAAGUAGUGAAUUUCCAUGUACAUGGAACAUGCGUUUAAAAAUUGCAGCAGAUAUAGCAGGGGCGGUAGCGUACUUACACUCUGCAUCUUCUGUGCCUAUCUAUCACAGGGAUAUCAAGUCCAGUAAUAUCCUCCUAGAUGAAAAAUAUGUUGUCAAAGUAUCUGAUUUUGGAACAUCGAGGUCUGUUGCUACAGAUCAGACUCACUUAACAACUCUGGUUAAAGGCACGUUUGGAUAUUUAGAUCCAGAAUAUUUUCGGUCCAGUCAAUUCACAGAGAAGAGCGAUGUUUAUAGUUUUGGGGUAGUUCUUGUCGAGCUUCUUACAGGGCAAAGGCCAAUAUCUCUUGAUAAAACAGAAGAGGAAAGAGGCCUAGCGAGCCGGUUCCUUGUAUGCAUGGAAGAAGAAUGUAUGGACAUGAUUUUAGAUCCGCAAGUACGGGAGCAUGGAAGAAAGGAAGAGGUGACCCUAGUUGCAAAUCUUGCACAAAGAUGUUUACACUCGAAAGGGAGAAUGAGACCAACUAUGAAAGAAGUUGCUACUGAAUUGGAAAGUUUUAGGAUGUCUGAAAUGUCGAGUGGUGUUAACGUUGAAUCAGAAGAUGUGAGAUCUUUUGAAGAUAUGUCGGCGAUGAUUUCAGACACUGAGUAUACAUGGACGAACAGUUACAAGAAUGCUUCGGCAUAAUUGUCAGACACACAUCCGUUAGUGUUAUUUGAUAGUGCAUCAUAAUAUAGACGCAUUUAUAGUAGACUCAAAUAAGAUGAUCAAGAUUUGGUUCUAUGCAAUCUCUGAGAUUGAAGAUUGGAAUAUUGUUUAAGUUUUUUUUUUCUAUCAAAUGUUGUGGAUCUUUUAGAUUUGUGGUUUGUUCCUUGGGUUUAGCUACUUGAUUUUUGUUAUUGUGUUAAAUAUCGAAGUUUAGAGUCUAAUGAAUGA